CUCUCACUCGAUACUAUCAAUUACCAUUCCACAUUUUUACAUUACAACUUCUGAGAAAAAUAAGCAAAAUUGAUAAUUUUUCAAUACAAAGCUAUGCAAGUCACCAAACAAGGCCAUGUUGUAGUCCUGGCAUUCCCAUUCGGCACCCACGCCGCUCCCCUCCUCACCCUCGUGGGCCGCUUAUCCGCCGCUGCACCCAACCUCAAGUUCUCCUUCCUCAACACUGCAAAAUCCAAUGAGAAAGUGUUUUCAAAAAUCAAAAUUGCAGAGAAUGGAAACAUCAAAGCACACAACGUGUACGAUGGAGUGCCGGAGGGGCACGUAUUUUCGGGACACCCUUUGGAGUCUGUGGAGCUUUUCUUGAAAGCUAUGCCUGAGACUUUUAAAAAUGGGGUGAAAGAGGCUGUGAAAGAAAGUGGGCUGAAGGUGACUUGCUUGUUGAGUGAUGCUUUCUUUUGGUUUUCAGGCGAUAUGGCUGCGGAGAUGGGUGUUCCUUGGGUGGCGCUUUGGACUGCUGCACCGUGCUCUAUCUCUGUUCAUCUGUAUACUGACCUUAUUCGGAGCACUCUCAAAGGUAAUGGAGAAAAUGUGGACCAAACUCUAAAAUUCAUCCCAGGAAUGUCAGCAAUCCAUGCCAAAGACUUACCAGAUGGAGUCUGCCAUGGAAACCUAGAAGCCCCAUUCUCAUGCAUGCUACACAACAUGGGACGAAUACUGCCAAGAGCAACAGCUCUAGCAAUGAACUCUUUUGAAGAGAUUGAUCACACCAUCAUAGAUGAUCUCAAAUCAAAGCUCAAAAUGGUUCUUAAUGUAGGCCCCUUCAAUCUAGCAUCGCCCCCGCAAUCGUUUUCUGAUGAGAGUGGCUGCAUACCAUGGCUUGACAAGCAUCGAGCUUCAUCACUGGCAUACUUAUGCUUUGGUUCCAUUUUGACACCCUCACCUAAUGAGCUAAUGGCAUUGGCAGAGGCAUUAGAAGCUCAAAAAGUGCCUUUUCUUUGGUCUUUUAGGGACAGUUCAAAAGUUCAACUUCUUGAUAAGUUUCUUGAAAGGACAAGUACUCUUGGAAAGAUAGUUCCAUGGAGUCCUCAGUUGCAAGUAUUGGAACACGUAUCGGUUGGGGUUUUUAUAACACAUGCUGGUUGGAACUCGAUUUCAGAGAGCAUUGCAGGCGGUGUGCCAAUGAUUUGCAGACCUUUUUUUGCUGAUCAACCUUUGAAUGGCCGGCUUGUUGAGGAUAUAUGGAAGAUUGGAGUCAAUGUUGAGGGCGGAGUGUUUACUAAAUGCGGUACAAUGAAAGCUUUGGAUCUCGUUUUCAAGGCCGAACAAGGGAAGAUGAUGAGAGAAAACAUUGGUAUCCUUAAAAAGAAAGCUAGAGAGGCUGUUGCAACAGAUGGGAGCUCCACUAAGAAUUUCAAAACUUUGUUGGAGGUAGUUUCAGGCUAGCUGUGAGAACGCUUGACUUGUGGAUUACAUGUACUUGCAUUUCAUUUGAGUUCUUAAAUGAAUUUUUAAGCUCUAGCACUAGAGUUCAUUAUGGAAGGUCCACAAAAAUAUACAAUUUUACUGAAGUUACAAAACCUCCAAG